UGCACAACUAAUUUUUGACAGUCAUACUUUUUUUUCAAUCAAAAUUACAGACAUCAGCUGCAAUAUAUGUAAAGAAACCUCUUCAGGCUAAACAGUUUUACAAAAUAUAACUAUACAACAAAAAGAUGGACCCACCAGACACAGAUGAACUUCGUGAUUUCACAUUAGAGUUUACAUAUUUAGAUCCAGCAGAGACAACUUUAGUGGAAGAUCUUGUAAUGGGUUCUGAGCAUCUUCAUAAAGUAAAUGUAGAUGAUGGAGUCAACAUAAAUAUACAAUGGCAAAUAUAUAAUGACAUUAUAGAAGAUUACCGAAAACUGAGUGAAAUGAGGUCCUCAGAAGCAAUGAACAUUGAAUUAAGUUUACCAUCAACUUCUGAACAACCACAGGAGAAAGUAUUGGUGAAGUUAAUUUGUUCAAAGAUACACCCAGAAUUUAGCAUCGUGCAUCUUCACUUUCCAUCCAAGGUAGUCAUAUACAUGAGAGAAGUUAAGUUUCUGGAGGAAUUUAAUGAAAAGUGCACAAGAAGAGAAGAUUGUGCAGUGGAAGACGAAAAAGCUUCAAUGACAAUAGAUACUGACUCUGACAGUGACAAGGAGAGCAAUUCAAAGAAUGCAGACAAGAAGGAAGAUCAAACUGCUAAGGACACAACAACAUCAAAGGAAAACGAUGAUAAGUUAUUGAUGAAGAGAAAAUACAAUAGAGAAAGAAUAAGACUUUGGAGAUUGAAGUUGACCAAAGAAAAAAAAGAAUUCAUGAGAAAAAAAGAUAGGGAAAUGAAAAAAAAAAAAAAAGGAUGCAAAAGAAAAAAAGAGAAAUAAAUUGAUGAUACAUUACUUUGUGUAAAUAAUUUACCCCCAUAUUCUUCUGAAAUGUGAUCAUAUUUAAAAAGAAAAAAAAGAUGCUACCAUCAUCAUCUUCAACACAUUCUGUUAAGAAAAGCUGGUUAGAAACAUAUUGUAAGACACAACAUGUGUAGAUAGCCUGUAACAGACACUCUGUUACAGACAGCCUCUUACAGACAACCUCUUACAGACAGCUUCUUACAAACAUAAUGUUACAGACACGCUGUUACAGACAACUGUUACAGAAAACAUAUCAGAGACACACUGUUACAGACACACUGUUAAAGACACUAUGUUACAGAAUCACUGUUACAGAAACCCUGUUACAGACACACUGUUACAGAAAACUGUAACAGACACACUGUAGCGUUUGCUUGACAGUAGUAAAAAAAGUCUCCCUCCCGACUGGAUUGCUCAAUGGUGUGGUUCAGUAGCUUUAUGUUGUUCCAAUGUUUAUGGGCGCCAAGGGUCACUACAGGACCCUGCUCAGAACUCACAGAAUUUUGAUUAAUCACUAAUAUUUAUUGGAAGUAAUAGAAGCAGUAAAGCCAGUGUGGAUACAACAAAUCUAUAAAUAAUUACAUACAAGUAAUUAACUCAGAAACAGAGUCAGUACGGAGUCAAAUGAUAAAUGAAUAGAGUAAUACUAUUAUACUGAAAUUUACAGUUGCUGUUGCUGUUGGACCCUAAGGAGACAUAAAACUCGCAUUGAGUACACUAAGUUACGUUAACCAGAAUAGACUCUAUGAUGGCAGCCUACAAGGCAACUAGAAUAAACGACCUUACUGGGGACAAGUUACUGGAAGAGUGGCACGCAAUCUACGAACCACUUGCCUUUCCAGCGACCUGUCUCCAAACAAGGGAAGAAACGCCAAUUUAACAUGAGGAGAAUCUGGUUAAUUAAAUCAGAAACUAUUCUUCCUAGGGACAAACAGACAAAUUAUAUACAAGUACAUAACAUUUUGAUUGAUGGUUCAAGUAGCAGGGAUUUAGGUAAAUUCAUUGAAUUACACCGGCAUGGAGGCUGGGCACUGGAGGUGGUUACAUAGUUAGUAACAAGAUGGUCUCCCUGAGGAGACCAAUGUUGCUGACCAUCAUGAUGACUGGGCCAGGGCACCAAAGGCGACUUAGCCGUCCAUAGUGUACUUAUCAGGCAGUACUAAAAGUGUCAAUGACACAAGGCAACCUAAAUGCAAUAAUGAGAGACACAUGAGCCCACACAGGAUACCAGGAGGAACUGUACCAUAGAACGAUUGCUGUUGCAAAGACUCACCAAUGAGGCCUUAAAAGCAAGAAAAUGAACUACACAGGUCACUUCGGACCAUUCACGAGUGAACCGAUAAAACGGUAAAAUUGGAGCAGAGUCACAACAGCUAAUUACUCGGAUGGCGCUCGGUCAGCAUAGAGACCUCCUCCGCUCCCUCGCCUGCCCAGCUGAUCUCUGGUCAGGUGAGGGGGGAGAGGUAGGGAGGAGAAAACUCCAGACAAGCAGGUGUCAGCGCCAUCUCUCGCCCCCCGCGGCAGACAGCUACUCGUGCAGGAGAGGCUGCCUACCUCCAGGCGCGAGAGUUAUCGUGGGUGGCCUACCUGCCGGGCGUUCCCCGUAACAACCGUAACAACACUGUUACAGACAAAUUGUUACAACAAAGUGUUACAGACACCCAGUUACAGACACCGUGUUACAGACAUCUUGUUCCAAACACCUUUUUAUAGACAGACUGUAACAUACACUGUGUAAAAGACAAGAAAAAAUCCAAAAAUAACAAAUAGACGAAAUUUAUCAGUUAUCAAAAUUGCGAGUGAGCGAGCGACGCGAAUUA